AUGCCCGCCAAGGAGAUUUCGCAGAUUUGCGUUUCCUGCAAAGAAGUCGAGGCUCUUGCGACGAUACGUAAUCGCCCACUAUGCCGUGAUUGCUUCAUUGACUACGCUGGCCGCAAGGUAGCAGCAGUCAUGUCUGCUUAUCGUCCUCAAAAGAAUGUUACGCCGCCAAAAGUGCUUCUGCCCCUCUCCCUCGGAAUAUCGUCGUCGAGCCUUUUGCAUAUCGUGGAUAGAUUACAAAAAUUUCAACUUAAUCGAUCGCUGGCUACUGCAGGAUUUGAUCUGCAUGUGCUUGUAGUCGACCCGACAACUGUUCAUCCUGGGUAUACCGACGUGAAGGCCAACUCCGACAGCGCGAAGGAAACUUUUCCGAACCAUACAUAUACCAUGAUCCCUCUGCAUAGAAUCUUUGAGUACGACGCAACAAUAAAUGAUACACUCCGCGACUUUGGAUUCGUGGGCGAAAAUUUUGGAUCUGACAAGGAGCGGCUCGAUGCGUUCCGGGCAUCCAUGUCUACAACUACAGCACGGGACGAUAUUGAUAACCUCCUACUUGUCCGCCUCAUUGUUGCAUUCGCGAAGAAUAAUGACUGUCGUGGAAUUCUAUGGGGGGACUCAGAUAGUCGUUUGGCUGCGAAAACCCUCGCAAACGUUGCCAAGGGCCGUGGUGCCUCUCUGACCUGGCAAGUCUGUGACGGCGUGUCGCCAUGGGGUUUACACUUCAGCUUCCCAUUGCGAGAACUCUACAAGUUUGAGUUGGAGAUCUACGUCAAACAAAUCCCCGAACUUGCCAGCAUUAUAAUACCCGAUUUGCAGGUACAAGAAAACGAAGCGAAUCGGAACCUAUCUAUCGACAAUCUGAUGAACCUCUACGUCAAAACACAAGGAGAGAAGUACCCCGGCGUGAUGGCCAAUGUCGUCCGUACUGCCAACAAGCUUCGGCCUACAUCGAACACCGAAGCUGUGAAGUGUUCUCUCUGCGCUGCUCCGGUUGACCAGACGGCUACAUUGUGUUAUGCGUGUUUGCGAUCAAGAGCCGAUGUCUUACAGCACGCUUGA